GAGAGAGAGAGAGAGAGAGAGAGAGAGAGAGAGAGAGAGAGGAAAGUGGGCGCAAGGGGAAGAGAAGAGACCCCGGGACAGAGUGAGGGAGUGACCCCCUUAACUCUCGGGGGUCCAGGGCGGGGCUACGGGGGGGCAGCCCCAGCCUCUCGCCUCUCCUUGGUGGUGGGGGAAUACCCUGGCGAGUUAGCCCUUUGUGGGGGUGUAGUGUUUGUGUAUGUGUCUGUGCAUGCGCGCGAGUGUGUCCGAAAGUGAGUGUGAGUGCGUGUGAACACAGGGGUUCAGCGACCUCCGCGGCACCCCCUCCGGCCGCCAUGAGCUCCCCUCCGCCCCCCCGGAAGGGCUUUUACCGCCAGGAGGUCACUAAGACUGAGUGGGAGGUGCGCGAACUCUACCGGGACCUGCAGCCCGUGGGCUCUGGGGCUUACGGGGCCGUGUGCUCGGCUAUUGACAGCAGGACGGGCACCAAGGUGGCUAUCAAGAAACUGUACCGCCCCUUCCAGUCGGAGCUGUUCGCCAAGCGCGCGUACCGGGAGCUGCGGCUGCUCAAACACAUGCGGCACGAGAACGUGAUCGGCUUGCUGGACGUCUUCACCCCCGAUGACACACUGGACGGCUUCACGGACUUUUACCUGGUUAUGCCGUUCAUGGGCACAGACCUCAGCAAGCUGAUGAAACAUGAGAAGCUUAGUGACGACCGGAUCCAAUUCUUGGUCUACCAGAUCCUUCGAGGCCUCAAGUACAUCCAUGCCGCUGGCAUCGUCCACAGGGAUCUCAAACCUGGUAACCUGGCCGUGAAUGAGGAUUGUGAGCUGAAGAUUCUGGACUUUGGCCUGGCCAGACAGACAGACAGUGAGAUGACGGGCUAUGUGGUGACCAGAUGGUACCGGGCGCCUGAGGUCAUCCUUAACUGGAUGCAUUACACACAGACAGUGGAUAUCUGGUCUGUGGGCUGCAUCAUGGCAGAAAUGAUCACCGGGAAGAUCCUUUUCAAAGGCAGCGAUCACCUGGACCAGCUGAUGGAGAUCAUGAAGGUGACAGGAACUCCUCCCCCAGAGUUUGUACAGAGGCUUCAGAGUCAGGAUGCAAAGAGCUACAUGGAAAGUCUCCCGGAGCUGAAGAAGAAGGACUUUGCUUCUGUCCUGAAGAACGCCACCCCCUUGGCUGUGAAUCUGCUGGAGCAGAUGUUGGUGCUGGACGCAGAGAAGCGAGUGACGGCCGCCGAGGCGCUGACUCACCCAUACUUUGAGACUGUGCAUGAGUCUGAGGAGGAGCCGCAGGCCCAGCUGUAUGACGACUCCUUUGAUGACGUCGACCGGACCCUGGAAGAGUGGCAGGAGUCACGUACAAAGAAGUUCUCAGCUUUAAGCCUCCUCGGCUCCUGGAUUCGAAGGAGACAUCUCUAUGACCAGAUGCUGAGAUGGAAAGAGGGGUCCCUCAAAUUCAGGCCAGUAGGGACUCUUAUGGUGACUCCUAACUGGGGGUGAGGAGCCGGCAGUGAGCGCCUCCUGGGAUGACUCUGGAAGGGCUCAGCUGGCAGUGACCCCAACAGUGACUCUGGGAUUGGGGGCAGGGAUCUCUUGGGGUGAGCUGUGUCCCUCCCUCGGGGCUAGAAUUCCCCCACCCCCAUUUUGAGGCCGAGGGCCUGUUAGGAGAGGGGAGUCACUCAUCAGUAAGGGGAGGGGCAGGCAGGCCCCCCAGAUGAUUUGGAGAGGAACCCUGCUAGCCUGCAGCCCCUCCUUGGUCCAAACACCCCAACAGAAGCCUUGGACCCUGACUCUGAUCUCGGGUUGCUGCUGGUGAUCGCUGCCCUGUCUCAUGGCGGGGGAAGCUUGGACGUCCAGCUAUGAUGUCCAGGCCUCUUUUCUUCAUUCACCCCCUGCCCCCCAGAUGUCUGUGGAGCUCGAGCUGGGAGGGACCCCAUAGGGCUGCGGUGGGCAGUUGACUCAGGGACAAUAGCCCUCCUCACCCCCAUAUGUAAAUAAACACUCCUGGCAAGAAUAAACAAAUGCUUUCUAACGGUCCUGGGCUUUGGGGGGAGGGAGGGUCUUGCUUCUACAUGCCCCCCCAAAACAAAGUAUCCUUCUUGUUCCAGCCUAAUUAUUGAGGGGGCCAGGGUGGGUCAGAUGGCCCCCGAAGGCCUCCUACUGGGAGAGGGCCAGGAAGAGGGGUCCCUAUCCUGUGAGAGUGGGAUUGAGGUCACUUCUGUAACUCAGAAGGGAUUGGGGAGGCCCACAUUGAGCCCCUACAAGCCGGAGCUGAGAAUUUAGAACCUAGAACCCAGCCCUGAGGACUCUGCAGCUUGUGGCCCCUCCCCAGGGCUAGUAGCUUCCAUUCAGGAGGCUGAGCUCUGGGCUCGAGUUUGGACAGGUGCUAAGACUGGGUGGAAGGGAACAGGGUCUGUCUGGGUUCAGGGUUGGAGUUAGCAUCUAGCCAGGGGUCAGGCCAAAUUCUAGACUCCUGGAACCAUGCGACAUCAGGAUUACAAGAGCCUCCAGAGACCAGAGCUGUGGCUGGCAAACUAAGCUCCUGUAGGACCUGAGAAUAGAAUGCUUUUCAAAGCUACUUUUUCAGCUGAAAAUUCAGCUGAAUUCAGCUGUGGCUGAGAGAAUUCAAUGCCUCCGGAGGCUGGAGGGGAGAGCCCUGGGGAAGAGAAGGCUCAUGGGGGAUGUUGUUGGCUUUGAGUCCUUGAAAGGCUGUCAGGCAUAACAAGGAGCAGCCUUGUUCAGCCUGGCCCCAUGGAGCAGAAGUGACAAGGAGGCUGAUUGAGGUUUGAGGUCAGGGAAGCCUUCCCAGCUGUCCCAAAGUAGAAUAGGCUGGCUGGAAGUGGAUGGGAGGAAUAGGGGCCUCCUCCCCUCAUCGGAGGGCUUCAGUCAGAGGCUGGGAGACCACCUGUUGGGGAGGGGGAUUGGCUUUAGGGUGUGCAUUGGACUAGAUGACCCUUUCUCCCAUGUCUCUCCAUGGCUCUCACCCAGGAGAGUACUGCUGGGCUAUGGGAGUGCCUGGGAAGUGUUUACUCUCCAGUGUGCCACCCAUCUAGUAGCUUCCUAUCUGGUCUCAUUCUUACUUUUUGUUGUGGAGUUAUUUCAGUUCUGUCUGACUCUUCAUGACCCCAUCUGGGGUUUUCUUGGCAGAGA